CAUGUGAAUGGUUUAACCAUAUGCUGUGUGUUUUUAUUUGUAAAAUAAAAAGCAAUAUUACACUAUAUUAGCUUUUCUCUUUUAUGGGCUAUCACCUUUGGGAGGAAAACAGACAGAGGAAUACCUACUCCAAGGAGGCGGAUGACACGUCACUGACUCCUACCUAUACACACAGGAAUUCUACUACCCUCUACUAGUUGCGGCAACUUACCUCAUAUGAUUGAGGUAUUUUCUGACGUGAGUAGAGAUGGAACGCCGGACUUUGGCCCAGGAGCUGCGAAGAUGGGCCGUGGAAGAAAUGGGGCUUCCAGCUCAGAAAGCACCAAGUGAAGACACACUGCAGCGUCUUUUCAUAGGACAAUACGCAGACAUCUGGAAAUUUAUCAUACGCCAUGUUUACAGCCAGAGGACUGUGCGGAAGAUUGAAGGAAAUUUGUUAUGGUAUCAACAGCUUCAGCGGUCAGAGGCCCAGAGAUCUGCAGAGGAGGAAGAGCAACAACGCAGGAAAAAACUUUGUAAAGAAAUACUGGAGCUGCGUACAGAGCUGCAACAUCUGCAGGAACAAAUCCAGUGUUGUGAACAGGAGAUAAGUAGCCAGGAAAUGAACACUGAGAGGGUGCAGGAUUUGUGCCGCCGCUCGCUGCUGCUUCAGGCGUUUAACAAAAAAAGAGAGGAAGAAUACACUGCUCUGAGCGACAGCAACCUCAAAAUACAUUACCGUUGUGAGCAGAUGCAGGACAUCCGGAGGGCAUCCCAGAAAGAAGUGAUAUUAGCAGCAGUGGAUUCAGGUUCAGAUGGUGGUACUGCCCUGGAAUCAGAAGUGAUGCGCAAUGUCCGAGCAGUCUGCCAGAUGCGUUUCCAGUUCUUAAAAUCCCUUCAUGACGAUAGCGUUUCUGGUUCUGCAAGAGCUUGUGCCGCAGAUGUGCGCUCUUUGUCUCACCAGCAGUGGGUGAGUUUAGCAGAGAGAGUUUGGAGCACUCACCCCCCUAAUCACAUAGUGACAGCGCUGGAACAUCUUGCAUUGGAAGCACAUCAGCAGCUGAGAAAACAUCAGUCAGCUUUUGAUGAAGACUCGAGUGAUAGUUCUAAAGAAGAUUCCGAGCUUUAUACAGAGUUACAGGAGUCAAAGGAGCGCUUAAAGACCAGAUCUCUCCGUGAGGAUGCACGCCAAAGUCUUGCAGGUGCUCUGCCGUCAUUCAACAGCCUUAUGCAGGAAGGAUGGGCAGAAACCGUCCAGAUCUGCACUCAGAUGCGUCUUAUACAGAAUCACACACAGAAGUUGUCGGAUCGUUUAGCAGAACUAACUCAGGAGGCACGGAAAUCUCUGUCUGAUGGAAUUGCGCUGUCUGCACUAUCCAGGACUGCAUUUGAUGUGGAACUACAGUCUGUGGCCUUGGGAGGUUUGCGUGAUGCACUUUUACAGGAAUGCCGGACUUUGCAGGAUGAGGCUGUGGCCAUGAGGGUGGAAGUGAAGCUACUAGAUCAGCUUAAGUGUAACAUCCAGCAUUCUUAUCUCAUUAUGGUAAACAAGCAAAAUCUGAUACAAAUCCUCAUCACAGGAAACAGUGCCCAUAAAUCCCAACUCCGACGCAGCACCACAGAGGUGCAGAACUACAUACAGGAGAAACUGCUGCCACAGCCGCAGGAAGUUAUGCUCGAGUCACAAAGACUGCAGGACUCUGUCCAGAAAGAAGUCAAACAUUUUACCGCCAUCUCCCUUUCACAACUGCUGCGCAUUUGCGUUGAUGGAGGGAAUUGUUCUCCCAUUCAGGACCUCUCUAUCAACCGAUUCUCUAACACGCACUGCCCUUACUAUGGUGUAUUCAAGGGGAUUUAUGAAAGCAUUGGCCUCUCUCUUUACAAGGCUCCAGAGAUCACUCUAAGCCAUGUUGCUGAUAUGAAGAAACAGAUGUUUUUCCUGCGCUCUCAGCUAAGCAGCCACAGUCAAGCAAUUAGCAGAUUACAUCUCCGUCUCAGAGAGCAUCAGAAUCCUGACACCACCACUCUUCUUCAGCAGCUGUCUACUCACUAUGCUCAGCAGAUCGACCAUUUGGUGCCAAAACUCCAGCACCUGAUACAACAGUGUAAAAAAAGCCAGGAAUACGGAAAAGAGGUUCAAGCAACCGUGUCAGACUGGUGGGAGCAACCGGCCCAGAUGUGUCUUCCUUGGGAGACGAGAGAGGGUCUAACCUUCCGUCAGUGGCGGGACAGAUGGACAGUCGCCAUGACAACCCUGCAGACAGCGUCGAGGAGCUGAUCCUUUACAUUUCAAGAUUAAUUUUAAUGUCAGAAAAGGGGCAUCUCAUACAUUUUAUAUAAAGCACAUGGUGAGAUUUUAGGGGGGAAAAACAGGUAUAUGUCUACAUAGGCACCAGAGAUCUGUGUACAACACAACACUUUAAGUCUUUUGUACAUAUAUAAAUUUGUACAUCUAAGAAAUCAAAACUUUUUUACUCAAGUGUGGUGGUUUUUGUAUCAUUGUUUUAUUUUCUUGAGCAGUGUCAUUGGUGACAACGCUGGCCCUAAUACUGUGAAUUGAACAAAAAUAUUAGAACUUUUACAUUUCUGCCAAAUCUGUAUAUAAUUAUAGGUUGUAUACAGAAAAGGAAACUUCCGCUAGUCCUAGACGUGUAAGAUAUUAGGCGUGCGUAUCUUUAUAGUUUGAGUGGACUAGUAACUUUAUAUAUUACAUUGUACCCUGAGAUAUAGGGCGGAUAGCAGAUUACAUAGCGAUGUGUUGCGAGGGUUUUAAGUUUUAGGAGUAUUUAACCUGCAAUUUAUGGAAAUCAGCAGCUGGAAUCACCAAUACAAACUUUAAGUUGUUGUUUACAAGUACAGUUCUGCACUUUCACAAUAUAUACAUUACAUAUACACAAUCCAGUGCUGUGUGGCAAUAUUUGUCUUAUGAAAUAACUGCUAAACAAAGGUUUAAUUACAGUGUAUUUUUUUAUUUAUUUGUAAAAUAAAUAAAAAGAGCUUCCUAGAAUAUAGCAUAAAUAACCCCUUUACUAGUAGACAGUUCACUGUUACUAACAUCUGUUGCGUUCAGCAGAUUACAUUCUAGGGGUUAGUUGUUUGAUGAAUUAGUCAUGUUAGGCACUUUAACUGUCCCUUUAAGGGGAUAUUAUGAUGCAAAAGUGACAUGCUCCAAUUUAUUAGUGCAUGUGCAUUUUACAUAACUAAUCCUAGCUAAUUGUUUUUGUCUAUGUGUUUAACCUGUUUAUGGGGCCAAAGUCCCAUUUGGAAGCUGAAACCAUUGCAAUUCCCUAGCAGAAAACAGCUGGUGGUUAAGGGCUGUGUAAUUGUUGCUUCUGAUUGGCUGACUGGCUGUGUAAGCUUGGUCUCUGCAAUACUUAUGGCUCCCGAGUAGGCUCUUAAAGGGACACUGAACCAAAAUUACUUCUAUUAUCAAUCUUUCUUCAUUCUCUUGCUAUCUUUAUUUGAAAAAGAAUGCAUCUAAGCUUUUUUUUGUACAGAACUCUGGACAGCACUUUUUUUAUUGGUGGAUGAAUUUAUCCAUUAAUCAGCAAGAACAACCCAGGUUGUUCACCAAAAAUAGGCCGGCAUCUAAACUUACAUUCUUGCAUUUCAAAUAUAGAUAACAAGAGAAUGACGAACAUUUCAUAAUAGGAGUAAAUUAGAAAGUUGCUUAAAAUGUCAUGCUCUAUCUGAAUCACAACAGAACAAAUGUGGGUCCCUUUAAUCUCUUUACAGGGCUAAAAACAUAGGGUCAGUAAAAAAUGUAAUUCUCUAAUGAAUUAAAAUAUUUAUUUUUUGCAUUAAAAAGUGUAAAUGUUUUGUGACUAAGGUAACCGCAUACACCUAGGUUAUCUUUACUAAAACAUAUAGCGUUGCUUUUUACUUUCACUGCUUUCCUGUUUCCAAUACUGAACACACAAAGGAGAUCUUAUGCUAUACAGAAUGCAAUGUUGUUUAGAGCACAUCAGCACUGAGAACAUUGUCAUAUCAUUGGUUACUUUGUGCCUCAUGUUGUAUAGAAACCAAACCUCAUUGUCUCUUUGUGUAUUAGUUUUUUUAUAGAACAACUGUAGUCCCAUCCUGCACGCUAAGCACCUUAUCCUAAAGAAAUAAAAAAAUCAUUGCAA